AUGAGGUGCCUCGUGGCGCUCUUUGCAGUCCUUGCUCUGUCCCAGGGCAGUGAGAUCACCAGGCGGGUGUCGGCCCCCCGGGGAGGGGAAGGGCAGUUCGUGCAUCCUCUCUGGGAGGCCCUGUCCCCGGCCUCCCAGCCACUGUUCCCCUGCGAAGUCCUGGGAGGCCAUGCUGCAUGUUCCCAGGAUAAUGCCCCCCAUGCUGAGACCUUUUCCUCCCAGUGUGCCCUGCACGUCAGGGGGCUAGGAUCUCUGCACAAAGGGAAGUCGCUGAGGAGGGCCCUGCGACGUGGGCUCCCGGGGGACUUGCUGAGGGAACACCAGUAUGCAAGCAGACCCAUGUACUCCAACUUCAGCAGGUCUCUGAUCAGCUACCUAGACUGCGAGUACUUCGGGCAGAUCGCCGUCGGGACCCCGCCCCGGGCAUUCACCGUGGUGUUUGACACGGGCUCUGACACGGGCUCCUCGGACUUCUGAGUGCCUCCAUCCAUCCACUGCACCAGGAAUGCCUGCCAAAACCACCACGGCUUUGACCCGUCCAAGUCCUGCACCUUCCAGAUGCUGAGCAAGUCCCCGCCCAUCCCGUACGGCCUGGGCAGCAUGCGGGGCUCUCUGGGCCACGACACUGUCACCGUCUCCACCAUCAUGGACGCCCACCAGACUGUGGGCCUGAGCCCCCGGGAACCUGGCUUCAUUUUCACCUCCUCCGAGUUUGCUGGGAUCCUGGGGCUGGCUGCCAGUCUUGCCUCCGACUACUUCAUGCCCGUGUUCGACAACAUGAUGAACAGAUACCUGGUGGCCCACGACCUGUUCUCAGUUUACAUGGGCAGGAACGACCAGCAGAGCGUGCUCACGCUGGGGGCCGUCGACCCCUUGCAUAGGAAGGGCCGGGUGGGGGUGUGUGUGUGCCUUGAGGCCAUCCUGUUUACCCUCUGCAGUGUCGCCAUAAAUGGUGUCAUGAUGGCCUGUGACAAUGGCUGUCAGGCCAUCCUGGACACGGGUACCACCCUGCUGGUUGGGCCCAGCAGAAACAUCCUCAACAUCCGGAAGGCCAUUGGAGCCACAGAGGGCCAGCACGGCCUGUUUGACAUCGACUGUGCAAGCCUGAGCAGCAUGUCCAAGGCUGUCUUUGAGAUCCAAGACAAGGAGUUCCCAUUGCCACCCACUGCCUACACCAGACAGCCUUGCCUUUCCUGGGACCAAGGCUCCUGUUCCAGCAGUUUCCAGGGUGAUGAUCAUUCCCAGCAGUGGAUCCUGGGGGACGUCUUCAUCCGGGAGUACUACAGCGUCUUUGACAGGGCAGACAACCGCGUGGGGCUGGCCAAGGCUGUCUGACUGCACCACUGACCAUGCACCGUGCUGUCCUCAACCACGCACACACAUGCACACACAUACAUGCACACACAUGCACACACACAU